GCUCAAAUUAAAAAUAAAGUUUAAGAAUGGCAGAUAACGAACCAUCGGACCGCAAUCAACCGGAAGAAGAUGAAGAUGAUGGAAUUGAUAUUGAAUUUCAAACUGUCCGUGCAAUGAGACUGAAAAUGUUCAGUGAUGCAGUGUGGUCAAUCGUUGCAACAAUAAUGAUUGUUCCCACAAUGCAUCUCGGCAUUACCGAAGAACUCCAUAAAACCACUAAAGAUAUGCAAGAAAUAGUAAAGGAAAUUAUACCUCAAGUUUUUCUUUACCUUCUUGCGUUCUUGAUCAUAUGCUCAACUUGGAAUUGCCAUGUAUGGACGUUUCAAACCAUGAAAAAUGUCACCGAUCUGAGUAUUGUCUUCAAUUUGAUUCUACUUCUUGCUGCAAGCUUUCUGCCGUAUUUCUAUUCUAUGAUGUCACGAUUUCAAACUUGGCAGACGAUUGUUAUUUACAGUUCCAUUCAAAUAUUUAUCGGGCUAAUUCAGUGUGCUCUAGUGCUCCAUGCGUUCUCGUAUCCUGGUAUACUUCGUCCAGCCAUCGAUGAUUUGCCCCACGAUGAAAAGAUGCGAAUCAGAAGAAAAAUAUUAUAUAAAAUCGCAGUGGCCCCAGCAUAUUGUGCGAUUGCAAUGGCAUUGUCGGCUGCCUCAACAACAGCAGCCAUGGUCUGUCUUGCUCUGAUUCUGAUCCACCCUUGGACCCAAUCUCUACUCUGCGUCACAGCCACUCAAGCUUCAAAAUGUGCUGAGAUGAUGGAUAGAAAUGUCAGAAGACUUGAAAGGGAUAUUUUACUAACAGAACGAGUUAAAAAAGAACGGAUAGAAGCUUUCAGCGACGGAGUAUUUGCUAUUACAUCAACAUUACUAGUGCUUGAUAUCAGCGAAAAGUACCUUCCAAGCAAGAAAUUGAUGAAAACAUCGUUUGAAAAUAAUCCAGUUAACUAUUUCGCAGUACAUUGGGGCGUCUAUGUAUCCUACGUUCAAAUGUUCAUCAUCAUUGGUUUGUUGUGGUAUACCCAACUUAUGCUAUUCAAAAACUUUGAGAGAUUUUCACGUGUAAUGCUCUUCGCAAAUAAUUUGAUACUAGCUUGCAUUGGGAUGAUACCUCUGAGUUUUACAUUCAUACUGCAUUUUAAGAUUCAACCAGCGAUCAGAGUAGGAUUGCAAUUUGCUUGUAUAACGAUAUUUCUUGUCGGAUUAUUCAGCAUUGUGCUUUACGUAUUUGGAUUCAUUUUUGAUAGGUGUAAGCGCAAAAAAUCUGUCAAUUUGUAUGUUAAUCAACCGAAUGCCGGUAGAACACGGCCUGAUGAAUUAGUGGAAAUAGAUGAAGCGGCGCUACUGCUCGGCUCUGAACAUCACGAAACAGAAGACGUGGCGGAAGGCAAACAACAUCGAACAAAAGGAAAAAAUGAAGAGGUUUGGAUGAGUAAAACGAUACAGCCAGGGGGAAAGGAUUUCUGGAUGAUGAUAUAUCAGAUGCUUGGUAUUUGUAUAGGAAGCUCGAUUGUUUUUGGAUUCACGUUCAUGACAGAUGUAUUCGUUUCCAUGUACGUCGGGACAGGAGUUCUCGGAUUGUAUACGUUGAUCUUGGUUCUGUGGAAAAGUAUAGCUGCAAAUGUUGCUGACAUUAGAAGCUAUUAUGAAAAAUUACAUUCGAGCAAUGUAACUGGGAACACGGAAAAUAAGUGAACAAGUUGAAAUGAAUUAAAGUAAUAAACAUCUCUAAUCACGAAACCUAAACUUUCCUGCAUGAAAUCAAGAGUUGCUCAGAAGUUUCAAACAGAAAAGUCAUAACAGGUUCUAAAAAAAGGACAAUGUUUUAUUAUUAAUAUGUGGAAGGUCUUUAUUAUCUGAUUUAUACUUCUGUAUAUAUUAGUUUUUUUAGGAUGUUAUAAAAAAUGUUUUUCGUAUUUUUAUUAAUUAAGAAAUAUGUUGCUGAAUUUCUUAUAAAAUAAAUAAUUUUUAUUCAAUUGCUUCAACAUGGAAUCUGAAUAACGUUCCCAGUAUCUCGAAACAGAUGGAUCUAAUAUAACAACUGACAUUUAGAAUCCAUUAAUUUCAGGGCUUUCCGAUUAAUGUGCCGGAAGUUUGAUUACGAGAACCCCUAGUAGUUUCUGGAAUGUCCUUUUGCCAAACUGUUUCCAGGACAGUGUUAACUUGAAGUGCUCCGAGUAAGGCAAAGAGGUGAAUCGAACAGAAUUGCUGUAUUUUAUUCCAUGUAUAGUGAAAGUAGUGUCUGCAUAAGGAAAAUAUGGAAUUUUUUUUUAUAUUCAGCUUGGUAUUCCUGAUUCGAAUUUUUGUACUUUUGCAAUAUUUCGCUGUUGACCAUUUCUGAUGGUAACAAUUCGCUGGUAACAAGUCGAGUACUCAUAAUUCACCUUAAAACCAAGCCCCCGUAUAUGGUAUAAAUCAGAGUUACAAGUUCUAAUCACUCACUAGACUAGAUCAGCUUUAUUCUAAAAAAAAUUCAAGCACGACAGCGUAACGUGUUACAGAAUAAGAGUACAAAAAUAUGGAUUAAUAUUUCACCUAUGCUCUUGCUUUUUGAAAACAAAGUGGCCUUAUAGAUUGUUUUGCUAAAUUCAUGUUGUUGUUAAUCUUGAUGGUAUUGUUUUGGGAAUAAUUAGUUUUGUUGAGAAAAAUAUUCGCUUUUCGUCGCCACUACCGGACCAAACGAUCUUAAAUUUUCAGUACUUGAAGCUGCUAGGAAGCUAUUGCUUGUUUUUUCAAAUUAUCACUUCAUGUUAUAAAAUCAGAUACUUCACCUAACA